AUGAGAAAUCCUUUGUCAGAACAGUUACAUAAUUGGGAAAACAUUAACACUUCUAGUACAAUAUUGGAAUGGAUUGCUGACGGAGUCAAAUUUCCAUUUACAAGUGAAUGUGCUUCAUUUGAAUUACCUAAUAGACAAUUUAAUUUGAAAGAAAUCGACUUCAUUAAGAAAGAGAUUGCUGAUUUACUCUUGUUAGGUUGUAUUGAACAAUGCGAUGUUAAACCAUUUUGUGUUUCACCCAUAAAUUGUGUACCAAAAAAGAAUGGCACUUUUCGCCUUAUCACUGAUUUGCGUGAAGUAAAUAAGUUUUCUACACCACCAAAAUUCAAAUAUGAAGAUAUUGAAACUGUUAAAAAAUGUAUUUUACCGUCGGAUUAUAUGGUAACGCUCGAUUUGAAGAACGGGUUUUUUCAUAUACCAGUGCAUGUAUCUCAUAGACAAUUCCUUGGUUUUCAUUUUCAGUCGGUGUAUUACCGGUGGACCGUUUUGCCUUUUGGACACUGUUGCAGCCCAUACUUUUUCUAUAAGACAUUACGCCCUGUGCAAACAUUCUUACGUUUAAAGGGUUUACGUUUAGUACUAUACGUUGACGAUUUCAUUUUGUUCGCUGACAGAUGUACUAUUUCUGAACACACACGUCUAUUGCUGCAGUGUUUAUCGUCUCUAGGCUGGACAGUUAACUUUGACAAGUCGGAUUUAACACCGUCUUUAGUUAAAAUUUACAUUGGUUACGAAAUUACAAAUAAUAGUGUUGAAACAGUUAUUCGUAUUACUAAGGACCGCAUUAAAAAGUUACACAAGGAUAUUAAAAGAAUUUUGAAAACUUCCGUUGCAUCGGCAAGAUUUUUAGCCAGAAUCGCUGGGCAGUGUAUUUCUAUGUGUAAAUGUGUUAUCCCAGCAAAACUUUUGCUACGCAAUAUUUACAGACUUCUUAGAACUAGGUGUUCAUGGGAUGAUAAGUUAACGUUGGACCAGUAUUGCUGUAAUGACUUAAUUUGGUGGUUUGAAUCUCUUGCUAAUUGGAACGGCAUUAUCGUUCAAAGUCAAAUACCAGACGUACAGUUAGUUACGGACGCAUCCGGAUUUGCUUGGGGAGCAUGGACAGGUCAUUUGAAGGCUCAGGGAUUUUGGAGUCGAGAUAUCUCGUACCGCAGUUCAAAUUACCGCGAAUUGCUAGCAGUGUAUAUGGGGCUAGCCUCAUUCAUACGCGAACUGAAGAACAAAAAAGUUCAGGUUCUAUCAGACAAUGUGACUGUAGUAGCCUUUCUAAACCACAUGGGUGGACAAUCCCAAGCAUUAGACUCCAUAGCAAGGGACAUUUUUCUACUAGCAUGGCAGAACGGCAUCACAAUCACAGCAUCUUAUUUGUCGGGAACAGACAAUUGGCAAGCCGACAUGUUAUCGCGCCUUCACUCAACGUACGAGUGGAUGCUUCAUCCAAAGUUAUUUCAGUGGAUCGACCAGAUAUGGGGACCUCACACGAUCGAUCGUUUUGGGUCCAUGAUGACCACUCAACUUCCAACUUACAAUUCCUUAUUUUGGGAUCCGCUAACGUCGGGCGUAGAUGCACUCACUCAAAAGGAUUGGAACUUGCACAACAAUUACGUGAACGCUCCAUUUGCUUUACUUCCGAAAAUAUUAACACUUUUGAUAGAUCAACAAGCCGAGGCUACAGUAAUAGCACCUUGGUGGCAAGGUCAGCCAUGGUUCAAUCUUUUGAAAAGAAUGUCAGUGACCAAUCCGAUACCUUUGGCGCUUUCAAACAGAACUGUGAUUCGUGUUGGACCGAAAGCAGAACCGCUAAAGAACCCAAUGUGGAAACUUUACGCGUGGAGACUAUCUGGUCAACAAGAUUGCGCGUAUUAG